UUCCGUGGCGUUGGCAGCGGCGCCACCCGCACAAUACGGCCUGGCCACACACCGUCGCACCACACACAGUGUGCGUUUCGCGUCGCCGCCCGUACCCCGUAGUCCUCCGACACGACCGCGGCCGGCCGCCCGCAGACAUGUCAUACGGCGGCAACCGGCGUGGACGGACCGACAGCUGCUGCAGUCUGUGCUGCAGAGGUCUGACGUGAAAACGACCGGCGGACUCGCACCGCACCGGAACACGGCCACGGCAGCGGCGACCGCGGAGGCGGCGUCGGCGGCAGUAGUGGCAGUAGUGGCAGUAGUGGCAGCAGCGGUGGUGACGACGUCGGCGGUGGCGGCGGCAGUGGCACCGUCAGUGGCAGUGGCAGUGGCCGAGCGGCUGCUCAGUGCACCGGCACACGUACACCCGCAGUACAGAUAACCUACGCAGUUGAGCACAUUAGUUGAAAGCAUCACAAAGCGACCAUCUAUCAUGGACGUCCCAGAUAAUCAAAUAUUAGGAAUGGAGAAAAAACAUAAACUAUGCUUUAGAAGCAUUCAAGACAUGAUACCAGCUCGUGCGGUAUUAUAUUUAAUGUCAUUCAGUGGAUUUUUGGUCAGUUUCAUGAUGCGCACUGAUAUUAAUAUUGCCAUGGUAGCAAUGGCCAAAAUGAGAUUACGGUCUGAAAACUCGUCAAAUUUAACCGAACUUUAUUGUUACACUUCGGUUUCAAACGGCACACAAUCAUUUGAAGAUCAAAAACCAAUGGAAGAGGGUGAAUUUGAUUGGGAUUCUACAGUGCAAUCUGCAAUUCUUGGUUCAUUUUAUUGGUGUUAUAUAUUAUCUCAAGUAGUCGGUGGUGUCUUAACACAACGUUUUGGAACCAAGACGGUGUUUGGGUUCUCACAAUUAACAACAGCAAUUGCUUCAUUGCUCAUACCUCAGGCAGCUUCAUUGCAUUUCUCGGCAGUCAUAGCAUUGCGAUCACUUCAAGGAAUGGCAUCAGGACUUACUUGGCCUGCAAUGUAUGCACUUGUUGGUAUAUGGAUACCAUCCAACGAACGAACCAGGUUCAUGUCAUCAUUCCAAGGGUUUAGUUUCGGGAUUGGACUGACGUACAUGGUAUGCGGUUUCAUUAUUGGCAACUAUGGAUGGCGAGUGGUGUUUUACAUGAAUGGUUCAUUGGGUGUCGCAUGGUGCUUGCUAUGGUGGUUACUAGCUUUUGAUCUGCCUCACAAACAUCCAAGAAUCACUAGACGUGAACUGAAUUAUAUCAAUGCCAACAUUGGAGAAAAUAUCAUUAACACAAAAGAUUUAAAAGUCCCAUGGUGUUCUAUUAUGACCUCCAUUCCAGCAUGGUCUAUUGGUAUAACAACAUUUGGUCGGAUAUGGGUCCAUUAUACAUUUAUAAUAUACGGUCCAUCUUACAUGAAGACAAUAUUAGGUUUCAGUAUACAAAAGAAUGGAUUUAUGAAUGGAGCUCCAUUUUUGUGCAGUUAUCUUUCUUCUGUAGUUUUCUGUUAUGCAGCUGACUUCAUUAUAGGCCGUAAUCUUAUGAGCUUAACUAAUGUCCGUAAAAUGUUUACAGCUAUAUCUCAAGUCAUUCCUGGCCUAUUAGUUCUGACUAUAGGUUAUUUAGGUUGUCAGAUCACAUUGAUUUUGAUAAUUUGGUUUGUAGCAGUUACACUGAUAACUGCAUCAUAUGCUGGAGCAAUGGCAAAUGUAGUUGAUAUUGCACCAAACUUUGCCGGACAUAUAUUAGCAUUUGCACAAACUAUACAUAUGUCUGCAAGUUUUUUGUCUCCCCUUGCUGCUGCCAUUAUGCUUCAGGACAAUCCAACUUUGGAGAGAUGGCGUAGAAUAUUUGCUGUGACUGCUUGUGUGGCGUGUGGAACUUAUGUCAUGUACCAGUUUGGCGGUACGGCAAAAGAACAAGUCUGGAACAAUCCAAAUCGCAAAAAUAAUUCUGGUUCUGUUCGUGUUUCACCUGAAAAUAAUCAGCUUAUUGUCAACAAUAAAACUGAUCCAGAAAGAGGAGAUGGUUAGAAGUUCAGAUGAAACUAUUCAAGAAAAUAACAAUGGCGUACUUAGGUCCCCCACUUAUAGGGGCAAAAUCAAAUUAUUUUUACGAACGUUAAUUGUGAUAUAUAAUAUAAUUUACAACAAAAGAGAUAAUUAGCGCUGAUUACAAAAUCGGAACUUCAAUAAAUCUCAUCAUUCCAAAAAAGACAGUGUUCUAAACUUAAUAUUAUAUUUUAUUAUAAUUUAAAACAAAUUUUAAUGUUUGUAAUCAUAGAAUUUUUAAGUGUGUGACCUUGUGUCCUCUAAUACGAAUUAAGUAGAGUAGAUAUAUCAAUCAAUUACUAUGUAUAUUUAAAUAGGUGUUUUAUUUAUUAGAACUAAGUUGUAGAAGAAGAUGUAUGGACAUUUUCUAAAAAAAAAAAAAAAAAUGAACAAGUGAUUGGACAGUAAUAAGUUGUUAAACCUAUUUAUUAGUAUAAUUUUUUCCAUCAAGUAUAAAAAGCCAUUUUAAAAUUUACAACCUGGUUAUUUCUACUUGUGCUCAUAUUUUUAGUUAAAAUGUUAUUUAUUACUAGAAUUGUAGAUCAACAAUGUGCCUUACCAGAUUCAUUUUAGAAAGUUUUUUUGGAUUUAAUGAUGUUUUUCAAUUUUAAGUUCUUUAUUUUAUUACAUAUUUAAAAAAAUAAAUAUAUUUCUCUUUACUAGUAAUACUAUUUUAUUAUAGUAUUACUAUUAUUCUAAGUAAAACUUAUAUGAACAGUUCUAAACAUUAUUCUGCAAUCGACUAUUUCUUUUCACAAAUCAAAAAAUUAACCUUAAACAUUUAUAUUAAAACAAAUCUACCUCCACUAUCUAUAUAUAAUGUAUUUAUUUUUCAGAAUAUAUGUAAGCCUAGAUAUUGUAUUUAAUGAGUUUUUUAACUGGGCAAAUGUAGUAGAUUAUAUAGCCUAGAUUAGAACUCUAUUGUGCUUGUUUCAGAUUUUUUAUUUUUAUAAAAUAUUUAUAGAUGAGUUUUAAUAAAAUGUAAUAAUAAUAAUUAGGCGAAUUAUUUAAAUAAAAUGAGAUUUAUAAUAUACAUCAAACUAAUCAUUUUUUAAAUUAGCAAUAAAAAAAAACCAUUUUAAUAAAUAAAAACCCUUGGAUCAAUUUUGUUUGUGAACAUUUAAUCAAAAUUCAUCUGAGUAUUUUUUAUUUAUACAACACUAAAUAAUGCUUAAAAAAAAUAAGUAAAAUAAAAUUGAUAUUAUUUAUUUCAUUUUUACUAGUUUAUAUGUUUAUAGUUCUAAAAAAAAAAUACACUAAUAAUGUACUUACGUUAACUGUAAAUAUGUACACUAAAUAAUUUUGUUGGAAGACAUCUUGAUUUUAUUUAUUUACUACAUUAAUUGAAAUAUAUAUUUUUAAUAGAUUUAUCAAAAUUUAAUAAACAUUAAUAAUUUUUUAGCUGUAAUUGUGUUAAGCAUAUAAUUACUACUAAACAACACUCGUAUAAUAUUGCAUGUACUAUUUGAAGUAUGGUAUGGAAAUUUAUAGAAUUACUUUAAAUGUAUUGAUGUAUUGAUCAAAAAGUAAAUGAGAUCAGGUCGUAUUAUGUACUAAAAUGAAACGUUUAUUUACUUUUGUUAAAAAACAAUGUAUCAAAAUUAAUAUUGUGUUCAAAUGUUCGAAAAAAAUAUAAUAAAUUUAAAAUUCUAAAUUGCA